AUGGUGGAGGAGAGCAGCCCUACUCAGCGUGGUUCUCUACCACAGAUGCUGCCCUGUUUCUUCUUGUGUUCUGAGAGGCAAGAGAAGUCCUCCAAGAAGCCUUUAGCCCUGCUGGAGAUGGCUAGGCUUCCUCUGGACCUGGGGCAGUGCAGGAGCAGUAUAAAAGCCAUCCCAGCUCCUCACUCUCUCAUCCACUUCACUUCUCACUGCCUUCUCUCCCAGGUGCACCUCCAGCCUCACAACAUGUCCUGCCAGCCCUGCUACCAGCCCUGCCUGCCCUGCGGCCAGUCCUGCGGCCCGACCCCGCUGGCCAACAGCUGCAAUGAGCCCUGUGUCAGGCAGUGCCAGAGCUCCACCGUUGUCAUUGAGCCCUCCCCCGUGGUGGUGACCCUGCCCGGACCCAUCCUCAGCUCCUUCCCACAGAACACCGUCGUGGGCUCCUCCACCUCUGCUGCCGUUGGCAGCAUCCUCAGCUCAAACGGAGUGCCCAUCAACUCCGGGGGUGUGGACCUCUCCUGCUUCGGCAACCGCUACUGUGGCAGGAUUUGCUAA